AUGGAUUUGUCGGCUAUUGGAUUCCCAGGGGCGUUGCCCGACUGGAGCAACUUGAACAUCCUCCACCGCAACACUCUCCCAGCUCGAGCCCACUUCUAUUCCUACCCCGACCAAGAAUCAGCUUUGUCCUUCAACCGAGAACAAAGCUACUUCCAUAGUCUAAACGGAACAUGGAAAUUCCACUAUGACAUCAGUCCCUUCGAUGCCCCCAUCUGGGAAAUGGCCAACACCAGCUCGUGGGACGACAUCGAAGUUCCAGGCAUGUGGCAGCUCCAAGGCUAUGGACAUCCUCACUACACCAACAUUGACUACCCCUUCUCUGUCACUCCUCCCAACGUCUCAUACGUCAACCCAACUGGUUCUUACUGGCGACAGUUUGAAGUACCAGAAGAGUGGGAUGGUGAUCAGAUCAGACUGCGCUUUGAAGGCGUGGAUAGUGCAUUCCAUGUCUGGGUCAACGGCGAAGAUGUUGGCUAUGGUCAAGGAAGCCGUAAUCCAAGCGAGUUUGAUAUCACGAACUAUCUCACCCCUGGGCAGGCAAAUGAUCUUGCUGUGCGCGUUUAUCAGUGGUCUGAUGGUUCUUAUAUCGAGGAUCAGGAUCAGUGGUGGCUCUCUGGCAUCUUUCGCGACGUAUACCUCAUUCCCUUUUCUGAAUCAUCAAUCAUCGACUUUCAAGUUGACUCUGAACUUAGUGAUUCAUUUGAUGAAGGAUCGUUCAAAGUCAACGUGACCAUUCAAGGGAAAGAGGGGGAACUCGCUACCAGCUUGCUCUCGCCUAACGGUUCCGCUAUUGAUGAGUGGAAAGGAUCGUCUUCAGAUAUUUAUGAGAAAAGUCUUUCCGGUGACGGCUUUCACAUCUGGUCUGCCGAAACACCAAACUUGUACACUUUGCUUAUCACCUUCAACGGACGGACUAUCAGCCAGAAAGUUGGUCUGCGACGCGUUGAGGUCAAAGAAUCCAACUUUUAUGUCAACGGAAAGCCUAUCAUCAUAUACGGAGUCAACAGGCACGAGCAUCAUCAUCUCACUGGGCGUACAAUCAGCUAUGAGAAUAUGCGAAAGGAUCUCUUGCUCAUGAAGCGCUCCAACAUCAACGCAAUUCGCACCGCUCAUCAACCUCCCCAUCCUGAUUUCUUCGACGUGGCCGACGAGCUCGGCUUCUACGUCAUCGCCGAAUCAGACCUCGAAUGUCAUGGUUUUGGUGGCAUUGAAGAGACGGAGGAGGAAGCUGCAGAAUGGCUCUCCAACAAUCCUGAUUGGGAAGAGGCUUAUGUCGACAGGGCUCGUCAACUCGUGGAGCGUUUCAAAAACCAUGCCUCAGUCAUCAUUUGGUCUCUAGGUAAUGAGUGCUUUUACGGUCGCAAUCAUGCUGCUAUGAGCAAGUGGAUCAAAGAGAGGGAUCCAAGUCGGAUCAUUCACUACGAACAGGAUCGUAACGCUACAUCGACGGAUAUGUACAGUCAGAUGUACAGUACGCCUGAUGACGUGAGGGAGUUUAUCAAGACACACACUGACAAGCCAAUUUUACUGUGCGAAUAUGCACAUGCUAUGGGUAACGGACCAGGUGGUCUUGUUGAGUACAUCGACCUAUUUAGAUCCGAACCUUUAUCUCAAGGAGGACUUGUCUGGGAAUGGAGCAAUCAUGGGCUCCUCAAGAAGGAACAGAACGUCACUUACUACGCCUACGGAGGUGACUUUGGCGACGAGCCUAAUGAUGGUGACUUUAUCAUGGACGGUCUCGUGCUGUCCGACCAUUCGCCCAUGCCCUCUUUAAAGGAAUACGCCAAGAUCAUCCAGCCCGUCUCAGUGAAGUUGGCAAAGAACGGGUCUGCGAUGACUGUCGUCAAUCACUAUGACUACUCUGACUUGAGCCACCUUGAUGUGUCUUGGCAUAUUGUCGCGGAUGGUCUCAAGACUGACGCACGUCCACUUGACCUCCCAAGGGUACCCGCUGGCGAGAACAGAACUGUUGCACUGCCUUCGGGCUUGAACGUCACACAGAAUGAGGCAUGGUUCACAGUUGAGUUCAGGCUGAAGGAGGCUACUCUUUGGGCUGCCAAGGGACAUGUCAUUGCUUGGGACCAACUUCACAUCCAACGCCCCAACAUCAAGACGCGGGACAUGUCGCUAGUCCGUCGUCAAGGCAGCGGAGAGUUCGAGAAGAACGGAACCAAGCUCCUCUAUAAGAGCGGUGACUCUUCAUUUGGCUUUGACUUGCUGCAAGGUAACGUAACCUGGAACAUCAACGGCAUCGACAUUUUCCAACGCGGUCCUGAACUCUCCUUCUACCGCGCUCUCACACAGAACGAUGCCGCAUCUUCUGGUGACGGACCAAUCUGGGAACAAGAAAAGAUUCCGAUGAUCUACCCACAAGUAAGAGACGUUACUUGGCGCGUUGGUGAUGAUGGCGCCGUUGUGCACUAUAAAGUCUGGGUUGGCGUCAAGACACGUGCCUGGGGUGUUGAGGCAGACAUGAUCUACAAGAUCCCCACUGAUGGUCCUCGACUUCAACUCGAAGCUCGGGGCGAAUUCGUCGGCAAGAAUGAAUCGCAUGUCAUUCCCCGCAUCGGUCUCAUGGCUGUUCUACCCGAGUCUUUCGACGACGUGUCAUGGUUUGGCCGAGGACCCGGGGAGAGCUACAAGGACUCCAAGCAAGGUUCUCGUAUUGGGCAGUACAGCUCCACCGUGCCGGACCUCUUCACAUACUAUGACUACCCUCAAGAAAAUGGCAACCGCGAGGAUCUGCGCUGGUUGAAGAUCGGGAACAAGGAUGUUACGCUUGAUGCACGACGAACCAAGAGUGAGCCAUUCAGCUUCACGGCUCGGAGGUACAUGCCCUUUGACUUGGACGAUGCCCAGCACCCGCAUGAUUUGAAGCCAUUGAACAUGACAGUUCUGCAUCUUGAUUACGAUAACAAUGGAUUGGGAUCAGCUACGGUUAGGGUGAGACCAUUUGAGAAGUACAGGUGCUACACCAAACCAUUCAACUUUACCUUUGACUUCAACAUAGUUUAG